UGCGCCAAGCAGACGGCUCACUAGUUACUUUCAGAAGCGUCAAAAUGGCCGAGUCGCUGCGAAGAUUGGUGAAUAUUGGAACAUUUACCGUUCUGCAAGACAAAUUAGAAAGAUGGUUGCAAGAUUAUUAUCUGAACACGUGUGACCAGAAUGUGGCUCGGGGCUGUGAGAUUGUUGAACUUAAUGCCAAAGUUCAAGGACAACUCUUCAAGUUGCUCAGUGUCUGUGCUUCAGAAGGAGGUAUGUAUGGCGGUGCCAAUAUUAUCAAGUCCCGCUUGCUGCCAUGGCUGGGUCAGAACUUCUUUACAUCUGGUGGCAGUGUGACCGCCGACACGACACUCAGUGUCCUGGCCGACUCGGCAAGCAAGGACCGCGAGCUCAGUGAACUGCAGGCCUUGUACGAGAAGUCGCUGGACGAUCUCGAGGCAGAGCUCAAUAACACAAAGGCAGAGAACCAGGAUCUGAGGGAUGAACUCACUGAGAAGAAGAUAGAACUGGAUCGAAGCUUACGCAGUUCAACAAGUGAAAAAAUGUUCUCUGAAGUUGAAAUUCGAGAAUUAAGAAAAAAGCUCGCUGAUGCCCAAGACGAGAUAUGCAAACUGCGUGCUAAAGCUGGACUUGUUGAUGAUUAUGAGCGAAAAAUCAGAAACCUUAGAGAUGAGAUGAGUCUCUCUUGUAUUAGUCCUACAGUUGGAAAAUGGGACUAUCUCGAUGGGGAUUUCACAGACACAUUGAAGACCUAUCGGUACACUCCUCGCUUGACCUCUGUCCUGUCGAUCGACGACCCGAUGCAGAGAGUGCGCCAGCAGAAUCUGAUUGCCCGCUUCAAUGACAUGUUUGCUCAAGACCGUCUUGAUGCCCUGGACACCCUUAGACGAUACUCUGACGACCACGAAAAUAACCAAAGAAUUAUUUAUACAGCAAUUUCUGAAGCAUUCAGUGUUGCAAAGCUUGCGUUCCGGCAGUUCAAGCUGAAGGUUCGAGCAAACCUUGCGAAAACUCACUACGGUCCCGACACAUUGGAGGAAGCUGUUCAGGACUACAUCAACCGCAACAACGAUCUGUAUGACUUGCCUGGAAUGGUCUCGGAUGUUAUCCGUGCAAUGAAUCGAAAUCCCAAGAUCUUCCUGCCACCUGAUGCCAGCUUUGCCAUCAUUCAGCCGUUCAUCCGAGAAGCCGUGAAGAUGGCCUGGCAGAUGUCCUCCCUGGCUCAUCCCCUUGACAUUGCUGUUGCAACGGAUGCUGAACUCUUUGACGACAACAAAUAUCGUCGCAGCUACGACUCUGAAUACACUGCCCCCCUCGUGAACCACCACAUCUGGCCGUGUCUGAUGCAGGGAAUCCGAGUGGUUGUCAAGGGAGAGGCAUUGACUCGCCGAGGAGCGUCACUCAACUCGCCAAGAAGAGGUCGCAGCCCAGUCCGCCCCUUGAGCCCGUACCCACGAUCCAGGUCUCGCUCCGUCAGCCCGUUCCGUCGGAGCCGGUCACCGAGUCCGAGGCGAUCCAUGAGUCCAGGUCGGUGGAGUUGAGCGUUUCUGGUGAUGGGGAAAACCGUGUUUCAGCCGGGACACUGCUAGUUUCACAUUGAUUAAUCACAGUUAUUUAUUAGGUGUUGGUGUGUCUAACCAGUAACAGUAGUAGAGACUUAAAGCAGUUGGGUUUCAGCUCAGCGAGAGUUGUGUUUUUGUUCGUACAGUACGACACUUUUUGGGUUUUUUGGCCAGUUCUUAACCUCGGUGUGGUGCAUGGAUAUUUUAUGAUGAACGCACUUCCAUUAAAUAGAUUUUUGAGUGAAAUGAAGACACAAACAGUUCUGAGCUUUAACCUCCUUUUAGAAAUUGUUAAUCGUUUUGUUUUCUUUCCUAUCACGUAACUAUAACAAAGUUUUGGGUGUGUUUUUUAUAAAUGUAUUAUUUAAUGAUUUAUUUUUUAUAUGUACAUUUGUUGCCAUGUAGGCUUGAUGCCACAUACUUUUUAAAUUUGUUUUUGUGAAAUAGCUGCCUUAAGAUCAAUAUGAGAGACUGGUGAAUCUAUUGCACAAGGUGUUUCAUAUUUUUUAAAACACGGAUCAUGAAACAAUUUUAGUUAUAACAAGUCAGUAAGCUAGAAAAUCUGUUGAAUUAAUGGUCUGUAGUUAAUUGUUAAGGACUUGUCUCUGUCUCAGGUUUUCAUCCACUUGAUUGAAUUACAUUUUUAUUAAACAUUUUUAACAAAGAUAACAUCAUUUUCAUCUUGCUAGUAGUGAAAUGUGUGGAUUGAUAUUUCACUGUGGUAAUAUAUAUGAAACAUACAUAUGAAUUGAAGAAAAAUUAGAACAUGUUUCAUCACUUCAUUCACAGGAUUUAGGUUUGUUUUUUAAUGAUCAAAUUAAUAGUUGUUUUUAAGUGUGUACAAGACAGCAACACCAUGAAAAUACCUCAGAUAUGUUGUGGUGCACAAUGUUUACGUGUCCGUGUUAAUAAUGUGCUAACGCAUUGUUGGCAUGAUUGUUAGUAAUUAAUAAACACUUGUUCAGAUCAUUCACUGUUGCACAUCACUAAUAUUGUUUUUGGAAAUACUUGUUCGUUGUGCAUGUCACCGACUGUUUUUUUCAAACACAUUGUUCUUUAUUUCAGAAUACUAAGAUUUAACACCUGUGACUUAGUGGACUCCAUCAUAGUGACAGACUGGUAAUAGAUGAAUCUGUGUACCGAUAACCUGCUUAAUGUGUAUAGCAAAUAAUUGAUAGUAUGACGUUUUGAGGACAGAUAGAUGGAUCUGUGUGGUUCAGUGCUUUAAACGUGCAUUGUCUGGAAUAUUUUUAUUAUUUAAGCAUUUAGAACAGAAAAUCCCAUUACGUUUGGUGCAUAUAAGACGCCACACUCCGAAUUGGUUUCACUACACUGGCUUUUCUAAGUUAAAAAUAAAC